ACGCGAGCAGUGCACAUUUUGAGCAAAAUGUAUAGGCUCUUUGUAUUUGCCUUUGUGAUCGCGGCGGUCGCGUGUCAGCAGCAUGAAGGAGCAAGACGAGUUCCUAAAUAUGCGGGUGAUCCUAAAACUGCCGCCAUUGUUCAAGAGGCUCGUUACCUCAGCGGAAACGGAGCUUUUGGAGCAGCUUACCAGCAAGAAGAUGGUAUCGACUUCAAAGAAGAGACAGAUGCUGAUGGCAACAGGAGAGGAAGCUACUCUUACAUCGAUCCUACUGGCCAAAGGAAGACAGUGAGCUACGUUGCUGGCAAAAAUGGAUUCCAAGCUACUGGGGAUCAUAUUCCCACCGCACCUCAGCCAGUUGCACCCACUCCUGGAUACCAACCUGAUCCUCGUUACAAUUCUCCUGAUUAUAAAUCACAACAGUACAGUGCUCCUCAGCAGUAUUCAGCUCCUGUAGCUCCUCGUAAUUAUGGCGGAAAACCCAAUGUUGACGAUGGCCAAUACUACCCUGAACUGUACGAACGUGAAAACCAAGGUGCUCCCCAACAGCAAUACCAGGCACAACCUCAAUACCAAGCUCAAACUCAGUAUCAACCUCAGCAACAAUACCAACCGCAACCACAACCACAAUACCAACCCCAGCAACAAUACCAGCCCCAACAAAGCAACACCAACAACAUUUACCCAGGAGUCCAACAGGCUCAAUAUAGUGGAAUUCAAUCUCAACAAUACAACGCACCACAGCCUUCUCACCAAGACUACUACGAGCCUACCACGCCACAACCAUCGCGCUUCUUCCCUCCGGGCAAGUUCAGCCUCAAUCGUGCUCCUGACGGUUACACCUACUCAUUCCACAAAGUAUAAAUUUUACUUAGAGAAAAGGCACUCGGCGAUUUGUAAUGCCUGAAACGUAAAAAGCUCGCAUCAAUUAGUAAUUCGCCGAGUCAUCAGAGGGUAGCGCUGCGGGUACAUGCUCGCUUGCUUCGAAAGAAUUUCUUAAUUGUUGUUUGCUGUGAUAUUGUGUGCUAAUGGACAAAGUGUUGUUAAUAUCAUUACUGAGUAUGGGAUUCAUAAUGGAACGUCUGAAGCAAUAGUUGCAUACUUGUAAAUAAAUUUAUUAUUAUCUUAAUUAUUAGUAA